ACCUCCACUGCCACCUUCUCCUCUCUCUCUCUCUCUCUCCAAACAGAAUACACAUCUUAACUACUCGGCACCUGCAUAAACUAAGCAAUCUUUUGAAGCUCAGAAAUGUAUUCUGAAUACUCUCUUCUCUUCAUUCCUUCAACUGUUGUGCUCAACUUAGAGCUUCUUUUCUUUUUUCUCCUCUUUCUUGCAGUUUUCGCCUUCUGGCUUACCCCUGGUGGUCUUGCUUGGUCUUUUUCUAAAGCUCGUGUCUCCAUUCCUGGACCCUCUGGUUUACCUGUUCUCGGGUUGGUCUUAACUUUCACUGGUUCGUUAACUCAUAGACUACUUGCUAAGAUCUCUAAUGGCUUGAAAGCUGAAUCGUUAAUGGCGUUUUCAGUUGGGUUUACUCGUUUUAUAAUAUCUAGUAAUCCUGAAACUGCGAAGGAAAUACUUAAUAGUUCGGCUUUUGCUGAUAGACCAGUGAAGGAGUCUGCUUAUGAACUGUUGUUUCAUAGAGCGAUGGGUUUUGCACCGUAUGGUGAGUAUUGGAGGAAUUUGAGAAGGAUUUCGGCCACCCAUUUGUUCAGCCCGAAGAGAAUAGCGUGUUUCGGGGAUUUCAGGAGUGAGAUAGGUAGAAAGAUGGUGACCGAAAUUGCGAGUUUGAUGGAGACUGAUGGACAUGUUAAGGUGAAAAGGGUUUUGCAUUUUGGGUCACUCAACAAUGUGAUGAAAACUGUUUUCGGUAAAAGUUAUGAUUUCAAUGGAGAAGAUGGACGGGAGUUGGAGUAUUUAGUCAGUGAAGGGUAUGAAUUGCUUGGGAUAUUCAACUGGAGCGACCAUUUUCCUUUGCUGGGGUGGUUAGAUUUACAAGGAGUUAGAAGAAGAUGCAAAGAACUUGUUGCUCGGGUGAAUAUAUUUGUUGGGAAGAUCAUUCAACAACACAGGUUAAAUAGAGUGAAAAAUGCUGGAAAUGUUGCAGAUGAAUGUUUUCAUGACUUUGUUGAUGUGUUGCUUGAUUUGGAGAAGGAAAAUAAACUCAGUGAUUCAGACAUGAUUGCUGUUCUUUGGGAAAUGAUCUUUCGAGGGACCGAUACUGUGGCCAUCUUGUUAGAGUGGAUUCUUGCCAGGAUGGUAUUGCAUCCAGAUAUUCAAGCCAAAGUUCAAAGUGAAAUAAACACUGUGGUUGGAACUGAUCGAGCUGUAUGUGAUUCCGACUUGCCUAAUCUGCAGUAUCUACUAGCCACAGUGAAAGAGACUUUGAGAGUUCAUCCUCCUGGUCCCUUACUCUCAUGGGCAAGGCUUGCAAUUCAUGAUACAAGUGUUGGUCACCAUUUUAUCCCUGCCGGAACAACUGCAAUGGUGAACAUGUGGGCUAUUACCCAUGAUGAAAAGAUAUGGUCACAACCCGAAGAAUUCAUGCCUGAAAGGUUCUUGGAAGAAGAUGUAGCAAUCAUGGGUUCUGAUUUAAGGCUAGCUCCAUUCGGUUCGGGGAGGAGAGUGUGCCCGGGUAAGGCAAUGGGACUUGCUACUGUUCAGCUCUGGCUUGCUCAGUUACUUCAAGAAUUUAAAUGGGUUCCUUCUGAUAAUGGCGUGGACUUGUCUGAGUGUUUGAGAUUGUCAUUGGAAAUGAAACAACCUUUGAUUUGCAAGGCUGUUUCUAGGGUUCAUUGAAAGCUUUUUUUUUGGUUGGUUUCUAUGUGGUGUUGGAUUGUUAGCGCGUUCUGCUGGUCUUUCUUGAUCUCAAAAAAUGAAUUUUGUCUCCUACAAGUGAUCGAUCAGACUUGUUUAUAAGUAAUGCUAUAGCCGUAGUAGUACUUUUAAGUUCGUCGUAGGGGUGAUGAAUGAUAGUUUAAGCAAAAGGUUCCGUUCACUUGGCCCCUUUAUGCUAGGAAUUUGUUUGUUGUCUUUGGUGUGGUUCUUGCAAGUAUGCACUGUACACAGCUUCCUUUUUGCAUAUCCAAAGCAAUAUAAUUUCUAUGUUUCUUAUGAUA